UCACAUGGAAGUCACUGCAAAGACUGACCAGAAUAUGCAGCCUAUUCCUCUCUCGGAUAUGAACAUCCAUGAGGUGGCAGGAAACAGAGGUAACUUCAUCCGCACAGAGAGUCGCUUAAAGACCGUAUUGACAAUCGAAACAGAUGAUUUAGCGUUCACAAUAACCACAAGUUAUCCAAGAGGAGGGACCUCCAUAGCGUUGAAGGCUGGAACAGCCAGGGAAUGUCAGCAAUGGAUGAAAGCUAUCGAGGACACCCGCCUAGCGUACAUUGAAGGAGAAAAGAAGCAUAUAAGACGUCAAAGCCAGACUGGAAGAGGCUCCAUAAUCGUUGAAUGA